GUUGCCUUCAUCUUUCUCUCUCUUCCUAUAGAAAUCAAAAGCUUUCAAGUUUGAGGAAGAGAAUUGGGGGACAUUUGCUAAAGAAGAAAGGGGGAUUACCAAAGAAAAAGAAGAAAGGGGAAAAUUUUCUUUUCUUUUUCUUCUUUUUUUCCUUUCUUCUUCUCCCCCCCCUCCCCUGUUACAAGCUCCAGGAAGAACAUGAUUAUUAUUAUUAUUAUUUCAUCGCGUUUUAGUGGUCCGACACCAUUUUGCAGGAAUGGAUUCCAACGUUUGUUGUAAAUUGCAAUUAUGAUAAUGCUCUUGUAAAGUGCUAUAUCUACCUCCCUUCCAUCGAAAUUGGUCAUGAUCGAAUUUUACCCUUUUUGAAGUUUGAACGUCUUACAAUUUUGAAGGGUUCAAAUUUCACUGGUAAAAAAAGAAAAGGGUUCAAAUUUCGAUUUUGACAGGUCUUUUGUAGAGUUCCCUUCUCAUCACAAUUUCCAUUUCCUAGAGCUCAUUCGUCAAUUUCCUUGGUGGGUUAUGCUCGGAGUGGACGAAGAUCUUUUGGGGUUUUUGUUGUUGUUGUUGAUCAACUCAAGCUUUAGUUACAUGCUAGAGAUUCUUCUUGAGGAUAUUUUUCAGUUUCCUCUUCAUUGGCAAUGGUACAGCUUUAAGGGUGGUGUGGCGAAUCAGAAAACUUUGCUGGGUGGUUUUCCGACGAGAAGGAUGUGGUAGGGUUUUUGCAUCUUCUGGAUUGAGGGGUUUAUCCUUUGGAGGAAAUGAGAAGGAGAGUGCAAGAUUACGAUGCGGAUUCAACAACUAAUUGUUCAUGUGAAUUCAAGAUUUUCGUUGCUUCUGGUCUUCCUGCUAUGCGUUUCUGCUGUACGGAGCUUAGAACAAAGAGAUGUUGCGGAGGGAUUAUUUCUCAGCAAAUUGUUCAACCCGAUAACGGAGGAGGUGGAUGAGCCUUUGGCAAAACUACUAUGGGACACUUGCAAGAUAGAUUUGAUCCAUUCGAAAGAGGAUGGUGAAGAUCUCAACUCAUGUUUCCUUAAGGAAACCACUGAAAAACCCAAUGAGCUCGAUUCAAAGGGAUGGCCAUUGUCAAAACAAAAUAUGCAGCAAUUGUUUAGGUCCCCACCCCCACAAUUGAGACAAGUUCUUCUAAAUUGUAUAAGAAAGAACAAUCUUUUAUAUGGUAUCUCUAGUGAGGAGGAACGUGAGUCUUUUAUGCCAUAUCUCAAGCAUCUCAACUCCUUAUUUUUUAAGUCAUCGAUUCCUGUCAGGAAUUGGCAUGAAAAUACAGCACAACAGCCAACAGGAUCUUCCACACCAAAGCCAACUUCAAGAAAAAUUCAUGCUGAAACUUCAUCCGAUGAAACGGAAACUGAAGAAGGUGAGGAGGAGGAGCCAGAAGAAAACAAUGAUCAGAAACUUAUUAUUGCAGUGGUUGUAACUGCUGCAUCCACAUCAAUAUUUGCUGCACUGUUAUUCUUUUGUUGUCUAAAAGUAUUUGGAAUGGGCUCUGACCCUGGGCUAAAUGACGAGAAGCCCCUCCUUAGUCUGAGCCUCAGCGACUCUGCUACCUCUUCAUACAAGUCUUUUAGUUUAGGAAGUUCUUUCAAAGAAGACAAGCUUGGUUCUCAAUCUCUAGCCAGUAAAUCAAACCAUCACAGAAAGAAUUCAUCUAUAGAUGGCAACAUCCUCUCUGAUGAUGUUGUCAUUGGUUCGAUGGAUGGCGUUAGCGGUGCCUCUAACUCGUCAGAAUCUAUUGGAACCUCUGUUACGGGUAACGGUUUGCUACCACCUCCUCCAGGAAGGAAAGUUGGUAUGCCUCCAUUGAAGCCUCCCCCAGGGAAAACAAUCCCUCUUCCACCUGAACCUCCUUCUUUUCGAAGACCUCAUGCCAAAGCUGCCCCACCACCUCCUCCUGCCCCACCUCCACCUGCACCUCCAUCGACAAAAGCUUCUUCUGUCAAUGCGGCUCCUCCACCUCCAGGACCUCCCCCUCCACCACCUCCUGCUCGUCGGUCCAAACCUGGGCCUCCACCUCCUGCACCGCCUUCAAAAGGUGCUCCAGGACCACCCCGUGCACCCAUGCCAGCGGGCCCAAAAAUUCCUAGAGCUCCUGGUAUGAGAGGUCCGGAGGGAGAUGAUAGUAAAGCCAAAUUGAAGCCAUUCUUCUGGGACAAAGUUUCUGCUACACCAGAUCAGGCAAUGGUGUGGCAUCAAAUAAAAUCAGGAUCUUUCCAGUUCAAUGAGGAGAUGAUAGAGAAUUUAUUUGGAUACACACCACCCGAGAAAGGCAAAGUUGAGCGGAAAAAAGACUCUUCGCAAGAACCUGCUUCACAGUUUAUUCAAAUUUUGGAACCCAAAAAGGCUCAAAACUUAUCAAUUCUACUUCGCGCUUUGAAUGUUACUACGGAAGAAGUUUGUGAUGCGUUGCUUGAAGGAAAUGAGCUUCCUGCUGAGCUUCUUCAGACUUUAUUGAAGAUGGCACCCACAUCAGACGAGGAACUUAAACUUAGGUUGUUCAGUGGUGAACUUUCUCAACUAGGGCCUGCUGAGCGAUUCAUGAAAGCAUUGGUUGAUAUCCCUUUUUCUUUUCAUCGUAUGGAGGCACUGCUUUUCAUGGGCACUCUGGAGGAAGAGAUUGCUAAUGCCAUGGAAUCCUUCCACACUUUAGAGGUUGCUUCUAAAGAAGUGAGGAACAGCCGGUUGUUCCUCAAGCUUCUAGAAGCUGUCCUGAAAACUGGAAACCGGAUGAACGAUGGCACCUUUCGUGGUAGUGCACAAGCAUUCAAGCUUGACACUCUUUUGAAACUAUCAGAUGUUAAGGGAGCUGAUGGCAAGACCACACUGUUGCAUUUUGUGGUCCAAGAGAUGGUUCGUUCUGAAGGAGUUCGAGCUGCCCGUGCAAGGAAAGAGAGCAUGAGCUUCUCGAGUGUAAAAACAGAAGAGCUCCUUGAGGAGAUUUCUCCAGAAACAGAGGAUCACUAUCGCGCCCUUGGUCUUCAAGUGGUGUCUCGUUUGAGCAGUGACCUGGAAAAUGUCAAGAAAGCAGCAGCUAUUGAUGCUGACGGAUUGACAGGAACUGUAUCUAAACUUGGUCAUGCACAAUUGAAAACUAAGGAGUUCUUGAACAAAGAAAUGAAGGAUUUGGACGAGGAUAGUGGGUUUCAUGACGUGCUGAAGAGUUUCGUGCAGAGCUCCGAGGGCGAAGUUGUGUCAUUGCUUGAGGAAGAAAAGAGAAUAACAGUUUUGGUAAAGAACACCGGUGAUUAUUUCCAUGGCAAUUCAGGCAGGGACGAAGGGUUGCGAUUGUUCACCAUUGUACGAGACUUCUUAGUGAUGUUGGACAAGGUGUGCAAGGAAGUAGGGGCAACACAAAAAAAGUCAGCCAGCAAAGCACUUAAAAAAGAGAGUUCUACUGCAUCAUCAACUUCCACUAAUACACAAAGCAAACCUCCUCUUCCAACCGAUCCACGUUCAAAGUUGAUGCCUGCAAUUGCAGAGAGACAGGUAAAAUAUUCAAGCUCAAGCUCAGAGAGUUCAGAUGAUGAUGAGAGUGAAUAAGAAGUUAUCAUGCACUAGGAUCAAUGCGCCCUCUGUUUUUAACUAGGUAUGUAAAUGCCUCCAAUUCUUUUGGGACUAUUUUAAGGUCUAUCUAGGAUUGUUACCAUGUUGGAAGUGGAAGAAGAUGAAAAAUUGCAACUCAAAAGCGCUGUUAUGAUGCAGGUGAGCAAUUUAUAUGUUAGGGUAACCAAUUAGGAACUUGAGCCGUGUUCAUGAUUUGGAGGAUAGCUCAGGGAGAUAUUAAAGGAAAGAUGGCUAUAAGGUUUCAGACAAUUGCCUUUCAAGAUGCUAACUUGUGCAUUAUUAGCUAGGGAAUGUUCAAUUGUGUCCAACCUUUUCAAAUUUUACGUUAUUUUCUCCGUGUUGCAAGUGUAAGAUUCUAUUUAUUUUUUUGGAAGAGAGGAAAUUGGCCCUGCAUUCUGCGGUGUGGUGCUUCAGUGAUUGAAAGACGAGAAGCUAUGCUUGUUUACUAACCGAUGAAUAUUGGAGAGUGAUGUUUUUCUUCUAUAUGACAAUGACCUUUGGCAAGUAUGUACUAGUGUUUGUGAAACCAUAUCCUAUUGGCGGUUUGACCAUAAAAAUAUCUUACUGAUAGAUGAUUUUUAACGGUAUGAAAUGG